AUGGAGCCCUUCGUAGGACCACCGCAGGCCCCUAAGACAUUCGUUUUGUGUUUCGACGGCACAGGGAAUAAGUUCUCCGGAGAUGAAUCCGACAGCAAUGUUUUGAAAAUCUUUCGUAUGCUUGAUCGCAGCCGCGGUCACCAGUUUCAUUAUUACCAGCCUGGAAUUGGCACAUAUGUAACAUCAACAUCAUUGUCCAGUACGGGCACAUUUCAUCGCAUUAAAUCAGCGUAUCUAAAGGCUAAGGACUCGGCCGUCGGUUCGUCUUUCGACCAACAUGUCAUGGGCGGGUACAAGUUUUUGAUGCGAUAUUACAUCCCCGGCGAUGAUAUCUAUUUCUUCGGUUUCAGUCGUGGCGCCUAUAUCGCGCGCUUUUUGGCUGAGAUGCUGGACUAUAUCGGUCUUUUGGAAGCCGGAAAUGAAGAACUGAUCCGUUUUGCGUGGAAAACAUUUGCCAAAUGGCAACAGCGAAGAGGCCAUACUGAGGAGGACGAGAAGGAGAAGAAAAAACUCUUCCAUUAUAUGAAAGCAUUCCGAGAGACCUUUAGUCGUCCUAUUAGCAGGAUCCGAUUUAUGGGGCUCUUUGACACCGUAAACAGUGUGCCUCGUUUCGAGUCCGCGUGGAUGCAGCGAAGCAAGUUCCCCUACACUGCCCGUAGUUCGGCUAGGGUGAUUCGGCAUGCAGUGGGCAUCGAUGAGCGUCGAGCCAAGUUCCGACAGGAUUUGCUUUCAGAGUCGAAACCCUGGCACACCCGCAAACAUCAUGAGCAUUACCUCCGGCGGCAUAUCCAUCAACUCCAUCACGAAAAGCCGGAAGAGAAGCCAGAAGAGGUUCCAAAGAUCACUCUGAACAACGAAGGUGACGGUGUCGACUUGGAAAAUACAGGAGACGGACAGAACACCCCUCGGCUAUCUCACCACCGCGGUCGCGAUGAAGUUGAGUCGGUCUACCGAACGCCUCGUGACUCAAGUGCUGGCAGUAAUCCAAACACUGAUCGAUAUCGCGCGCCGUCACCUACUCCCAAUUGGAGCCAGAAAUUGGUGGUACCUGAUCGCAAUGCGUCAACAGAUGAUGUUGCGUCGACCCACAGUGAAGUGACAUCCUUACAGGUUCCCCACUUGGCGAUGGAGGAAAACGACGAGACUCAGCAGGAUAUUCGCGAAAUUUGGUUUCCGGGUGGCCAUGCUGAUAUUGGAGGCGGUUGGAAGCUGGAGAAAGGCGAGGUCUGGCCUCUUAGCCAUGCUCCCCUGGUCUGGAUGGUGCAAGAAGCAAUCAAAGCUGGCCUCGCCUUUGACGCCAAAAAAUUGAAGCAGUUUGAGUGCGUUGAGGAAUAUGAGGGACAAUACUCUCCUAUCCACGAGUAUGAAGAAGAGCCAGACUGGUGCUUGGAUGAGAGCCAUGACCAUAACCAGAAUGGCGCCGAUGAAAUCGACAUUAAGUUGCCUGGGAGUAACCCGACAAACGGAUGGAACUCCAGCAAAGCAGCGCAUCGCUUCCGCAGUGCGCUCGAGCACUCGAGCACAAAGAGCCGGCUCCAUGAUUGUCUUCGAUAUGGUGAGGGACUGCCAUGGUCCUCGGUACUGUCCUGGCGCAUCAUGGAAUACCUGCCAUUUCGCCGAAUGGACUUGCAGCCUGAUGGAUCAUGGAAACCUAUCCGCUGGCCGCUGCCGUGCGGAGAAGUGCGCGACAUUCCCAACAAUGCAGAGAUUCACGUUUCAGCUAUCCGGCGUCUCCAAUAUGACCCAACCUACCGACCCGGCAACUUGAUCAUCGGAGGCGGUGGCCGUGGUGUCCGACGAGCACCAUCUGAGUACGGAAUUGGAGAAUGGGUGGUCCAUAGGGACGACGACGACGUAGUCCGAGCGACGUACGUUCGUAAGCAAAAGGCAAAGAAGACUGAAGUCGACGAUGGGAAGUAG